CACUCAUGGCUGUCGACGCGCUUCGUCUUCGUCGCGAUUCCCUCCCCGGCCCUCCCUCCGAUCCUCCUCCCCUCCCGCCCAAGGCCCUCCAUUUCGGCUCUCCGGUAUCUAAGGAGGCGCAUUUUAGAGGCGUGCGUAAACGUCCCUGGGGCCGAUUCGCAGCCGAGAUCCGCGAUCCCUGGAAGAAGACGCGCAAAUGGCUUGGAACCUUUGAUACCGCUGAGGAGGCGGCCCGGGCCUACGAUGAGGCUGCCAGGAGUCUUCGUGGCCCCAGGGCAAAGACGAACUUCGUCUAUGCCGCUGUUCCCGUUGCUCCGUCUGUCCCGAUGUCACCGGCGGCGGCCUCUACCGCUAGUGGCGGUGUUGGUAAUGGUGGAGAGAUGUUUGGUAGGCGCGUGGGGUUUUGGAGGGCUCCGGUGUAUCAUGCGGCGGACGCCACGGCGGGAGUGCCGGGGAGAUCGGAGUAUAAGGGAUACAAGUUGGAGAAUGUGGAUUUGGUGAUGGGAGAGGAGAGAAAGAUGCGGAAAGAGAAGAAACCGUUGAUGCUUGAUCUUAACCAACCACCACCACUCUUCUAGACAGCGUUAUGGUCCGGGCUUCUCAACGGUCGGCGAUAAGGUGUUCAGAAGUUUUCCCUUCGGUUUUUUUUCCCCGUUUUCUAAAUGACUGGGGGCGGAGUAUUGCCCUUGUGAUGUACAGCAGACAGUGGAGGGUUUUGUUAACGAAAGUAUUGUAACCUGAAUCGAUGGUCUAAA